GCUGCAAUUGCCAUGUUGACCCGAUUGCUCGCCCGCUCUGCCGCGCCGCUGCGCACUGCCGCCGCCUCUGGUCGCUUCCUCUCCACUGCAUCCCACGACGACUUUAAGCCCAAGUACCAUGCGGCGCCUUCGAGCGACAAGGACGACGUGCUCAAGUUGAUUGAGAGCCACGUCAACACGUACCCUGUGAUGCUGUACAUGAAGGGCACGCCGUCGUCCCCUCAAUGCGGUUUCUCGCGCCAAGUCGUGCAAAUCUUGCACGCGCAAGGCGUGAGCUUUGACAGCGUCAACGUCCUUGACCACGAAGAAAUCCGCGACGGGGUCAAGGAGUUCUCGCAAUGGCCAACGAUCCCGCAACUGUUUGUCAAGGGCGAAUUCAUCGGGGGAUGCGAUAUCGUCACGGACAUGCACAAGUCGGGCGAACUGGAAGAGCUGUUCAAGGGGAUCGUCAAGGCGUAAGUAAACUCGAGAGGUCUCUUGUGCAUUUCCAACAAGACUCCAUAACCACCUAAUACAGUAAUGACUCGCUCCUUGUUCA